AUGGUAGAAACAAAGGAUGAUGAGAUUGAGGUUAUUGGAGAGUCUAAAAAUGCUACAAAGAAGGAAGCAGAGGUAACCCAAAAGGUUGUUCCCAUGCCUAGACCUCUACCUCCAUUCCCACAGAGGUUAGUGCAAAAGACCGAAGAAGGAAAAUAUCACAGGUUUAUAACUAUGUUGAAACAACUUUCCAUCAAUGUCCCGUUGAUUGAAGCUUUGGAGCAAAUGCAUGGGUAUGCAAAGAUCAUGAAGGACUUGGUGACCAAAAAGAGGGUUGUCAGUUGUGAGAAUAAUGAGAGGUUGCAGCAUUGUAGUACCAUUUCUAUAAGAUCAUUGGUGCAAAAGAAAGAGGAUCCUGGAGCAUUCAUUAUUCUGUGCACCAUCGGUAAGAUUCACUUUUCAAAGGCCUUAUGUGAUUUAGGAGCCAGCAUUAAUCUGAUUCCAUUUUCUAUCUACAAGAAGUUAGGUUUAGGGGCUCCAAAUUCAACUGCGAUGCGGCUACUCAUUGUCAAUAGAACUGUGAAGAAGCCCAUUGGUGUUCUCCAAGAUGUCCUUGUGAAGGUGGGGUCAUUCAUUUUACAGGUGGACUUUGUGAUACUAGAUUGUGAAGUUGACUUUGAGGUUCCCAUAAACUUAGGGAGACCAUUCCUUGCUACUGGCGUGCCUUAG